CUCACUAGAGUCCGACCUGGGGCUGGUAGGAAGUCAUGCGUUUGCUCGUAUGGAAGGGGAUGUGGAUAAGCAACGUAAACUCAUCCUUCAGGGCCAAAUGUCUGAAGCAGCCCAGCAGAAACAGCACCAAAGGAACUAUAACCGCUGGCUUUGCAGAGCUCGAGCAGAGGACCUUUCAGACAUAGCAGCAUUAAAGGCACUAUAUGAGACCGGACAAAAAAUAACCACCAAAGUAACAGUUUCGGGGUUGUUAAGUAUUUAUCAUCAUCUUUUUUUGUUUCUUAGCUCAGAUAGUGUCCAAGCUGACCUACUGAGUUCUAAACCUCAUGACAUUUUACCACAGACUGUACACAUUAGGUUUGCCAGAAGCUAUUAGUCCUGCUAAAUUUAAUCUUGAAUUUCUAAUUUUAAUCAUAUUACAGAAAGCCACAGAGCAGUACUUUUCAUAAAACUGAAUAUCUGAGUCACAUUGACUCACUUGACCAAAGGGGGGCAGACUUUCUCCAGCUGUACACCUCAACAUGCAUGUUCGCUAUGCCACGUGAGGAUGGACUAUGAAAACAUCUGGCUAUGCAUAUCCAGAUGAUUCUCACAA